UUAAAAUUCUAUCUUGACAUUGAAGUACGCAUCGGUUUUGGUUUUCUUCACGUUUUAUUGUUUUAUUUUAUGGUUAUUUAAGCUUUUCAAAUAAUGGAAACCCUUCUAGAGCAGCAAAGACGGUACCAUGAAGAACGAGAAAGACUUAUGGACGCUACAGUUAAAGAAAUGCUUCAGCCAUCAAAAGCGGGACGAGAGCAAAUUAAUUCAGAUCACAGAAUGAGGCUGCUUAUAGAUCGUUAUGUUGAAUGUACAAAUGAAUUGAAAGAUCUGUAUGAAGAUAAAGAUGGAUUGAGAAAAGAAGAAGUACAAGCACUUUCUGGACCAAAUGAAUAUGUAGAGUUUUAUGCUCGUCUCAAACAGCUCAGAGAGUUUCACAGAAAACAUCCAAAUGAGAUAAGUGUUCCUAUGUCUGUGGAAUUUGAAGAGCUAGCUAAGUUGCGAGAAAAUGCUGGAGAUGAAGGCCAAAAUUUAGCUGAAUUCACAGAUGAAGAGGGGUAUGGAAAAUACCUUGAUCUUCAUGAAUGCUAUGAAAAGUUCAUCAAUCUUAAAGGCAUAGAGAAAAUUGACUACCUUACAUACCUGUCUACAUUUGACCUACUUUUUGACAUCUCCAAAGACAAGAAGAAUGCUGCAUACAAAGAGUACCUGCUGUUUUUGUUGGAAUAUUUGGAUGGAUACCUACAACGGGUCAAACCUCUGAUUGACAUCAAUGAAGAGCUAGAAAAAGUGAAGCUGGACUUUGAUCUACAGUGGAAUGAAGGCACUUUCCCUGGAUGGCCUAAAGAAGCAACAGGUGCCCUGACCCACACAGGUGCUCAUUUAGAUCUGUCUGCCUUCUCCUCCUGGGAAGAGUUAGCUUCCCUGGGACUGGACAGACUCAAGAGUGCCCUGAUGGCCUUGGGACUCAAAUGUGGAGGAACUCUGGAGGAGAGAGCUAUGAGGUUGUUCAGCACCAAAGGAAAGAAUCUGGAGGACCUUGAUCCCUCCAUGUUUGCCAAGUCGAAGCCAGGGAGAGCGGGUAAAAGCAGAGAUGCUGAGCGUCAGAAAGAGAUUGGACAGCUAGAGGGACAGGUGUACCGAUUCUCCGAACUCCUGAGCGAACAGAGGGCGGCCACCCGUGACAACAUCCAGCGCAAACAGGCCAGAACAGGCGAGGAGAGAGAGGACUCAGACGACGAACAUUUCGAGGAGUCGGACUCUGAUGACGACAAUGAUGACAUCCCAUACAACCCCAAAAACCUCCCACUCGGCUGGGACGGAAAGCCUAUUCCAUAUUGGUUGUACAAGUUGCAUGGCCUGAACAUCAGCUACAGUUGUGAAAUCUGUGGAAACUUUACUUAUAAAGGACCUAAAGCUUUCCAACGACAUUUUGCUGAAUGGAGACAUGCCCACGGAAUGCGUUGUCUUGGAAUUCCCAACACAGCUCAUUUUGCCAACGUCACUCUCAUUGAAGACGCACUUGCACUGUGGUCCAAAAUCAAAACAAACAAAGAAUCAGAAAGAUGGAAACCAGACACAGAGGAAGAGUUUGAAGAUACAACAGGAAAUGUGUUUAACAAGAAAACAUACGAUGAUCUUAAGAGACAGGGACUUUUGUAGAGC